AGUCAGUCAGUCAGUCAUUGAUAUUUCAAUAGUGAGUUGACUCCAGUGUUAAGCCAUUUGUAAAAAAACUUUUUUAUAUAUUUUUUUGGUGUGUUUUUUGUGUUUAAUUUUGUCUAUUGAUUAUCAAAAUUAUUAUUAUUUUGUGUUUAUGUGAUUAUAAUAGUUGUAACCAUAAAUUAUUAUUAUUAUGUCCAUCAGUGUCCAACCAGUGGUCAACCCGUACCCGAUGGCCAACAAUUUAGUUCACCGACCGAGAGUACCGUUUUUCGGUACAUUAUCGCCGAUAAGUCCUGGUUUGGUGAUUGUCAUCAGCGGACGAGUUCCGCACGGAUGCCGACGAUUUGAAUUCAAUUUGAUGGCCGGUUCGGUAAUAACGGAAUCGUUGAAGACUAGCGGCGACAUUGCCUUUCAUUUUAAUCCCCGUUUCGACAGUCAACUAGUCGUCCGUAACAGUCGUCACAGCCAUCAGUGGGGACCCGAAGAACGCGAACCACAGUCAAUGCCAUACGUAUCGGGACAGCCGUUCGAGACAAUGAUAUUAGUCGAACAGUACGGCUAUAAAGUGGCCGUCAAUGGCCGACACUUUUGCGAGUUUAUCCAUCGGAUACCAUUGGCCUGUGUCGGCGUAUUUGCCAUCGACGGCACUGUCGAUAUCGAGCGCAUUGAAUACCGGCGUGAAGUACAUUAUAUGCCACAACCAGCACCGCCAGUGAUCAUCAAUCAACCAUUGGUACCGAUAUUGAGUCCACCCGUACCCUAUCAUCAUCGGUUUGUCGAACCAAUACGACCGGGACUAAUGCUAUACAUAUCGGGUCGGCUGACCAAUAGUCCCAAUAAGUUUGCCAUUGAUUUCAAUUGUGGUCAACAUCCCCAUCAAAACGAUACGGCAUUUCAUUUUAAUCCACGUCUCGAAACCAAACAAGUUGUCCGCAAUCACUGUCAAGGAGGUCGUUGGGGUCACGAAGAGCGUCAGGCGCCUAACUUUCCCUUUCAUCCGGGCGUCAACUUUGACCUAAUUGUCCGAUUAGAUCAAACCAGAUAUAUGGUGGCCAUUAAUGGCCAACAUUUCAUUGAAUUUAAGCACAGAAUACCCCUACAGUUUGUCAACGAAAUGGUUAUUAGCGGCGAUAUUAUCGUAAACUCUAUACGAUUUUCACAGUCCUUUUGUCAGCACCUGUUUGGCGAACCUAUACGUCCAGGAUUAACGAUCUACCUAUCGGGACGUGUGUUGGCCAACAAUCCCAACAGGUUUUCCAUUGAUUUCAAGUGUGGCCAACAUAUGCAGCCGCAUGAAAAUGAUACGGCUUUUCAUUUCAAUCCGCGUAUCAAUGAGACUCAAGUUGUCCGCAAUCAUCACGAGAGUGGUCAGUGGGGUACGGAAGAGCGUUAUGGACCUAACUUUCCGUUUCAUUCGGGUGUCAACUUUGACCUAACUAUCCGAAUAUAUGAUAUUGGAUUCAUUGUUGCCGUCAAUGGCCAACAUUUCAUUGAAUUCAAGCACCGAAUUCCGYUCAAGUUUAUCAACGAAAUGGUUAUUAGCGGCGAUUUAAUCAUAAACUCCGUACGAUUUGAAGCAAAAUAAUUAGUUAACGAUUAUUUACCGGCUUUUGAUUUGAUUGGCAACAACGACAACAAUGAAUCAACCAAUUGGUC